GGCGAGCCCCGGGCCCGGACGCCCGCAGGCCUGGCUCAGCGGACCGUCCUCCUCGAGGGAGCCGUUGGGUGGAAACCCCGGACCGUGGAACAUGUGCUGAGCUAGCCUUCCGGCUUAAUGGGAGUGCUUGUGCAACUGAACACAACCCAAGUAUGGAUAUGGGAAACCAACAUCCUUCCAUUACUAGACUUCAGGAAAUCCAAAAGGAAGUAAAAAGUAUAGAACAGCAAGUAAUCAGCUUCAGUGGUCUGUCAAGUGACAAGAAUUACAAGAAACUGGAGCGGAUUCUAACAAAGCAACUGUUUGAAAUAGACUCUGUAGAUACUGAAGGAAAGGGGGACAUUCAGCAAGCUAGGAAAAGGGCAGCACAGGAGACAGAAUGCCUUCUCAAAGAGUUGGAGCAGAAUGCAAACCACCCACAUCGGAUCGAAAUACAGAACAUCUUCAAUGAAGCACAGGCCCUCGUGAGAGAGAAGAUCGUUCCCUUUUACAGUGGAGGCAGCUGCAUAACUGAUGACAUUGAGGAAGGCAUCCAGGAUAUCAUUCUGAGGCUGACCCAUGUUAAAACCGGAGGCAAGAUCUCUUUACGGAAAGCAAGGUAUCACACUCUAACCAAAAUCUGUGCCGUGCAAGAGAUUGUUGAAGACUGCGUGAAAAAGCAGCCUUCCCUGCCACUUUCUGAAGAUGCACACCCCUCUGUCGCCAAGAUCAACUCUGUGAUGUGUGAAGUGAACAAGGCCAGAGGUGUGGUCGUGGCACUCCUGAUGGGUGUGGACAGUAGUGAGACUUGCAGGCACUUGUCCUGCGUGCUCUCGGGGCUGAUUGCCAAUCUGGAUGCUCUAGAUGUGUGCGGACACACAGAAAUCAGAAACUAUCGGAGGGAGGUGGUGGAAGACAUCAACAAAUUACUGAAGUAUUUGGAUUUAGAGGAGGAAGCCAAUACUACACAUGCUUUUGACCUGAGACAGAACCAUUCCAUUUUGAAAAUAGAAAAGGUCCUCAAGAGGAUGAGAGAAAUAAAAAAUGAAUUUCUUCAAGCUCAGAACCCUCCUGAAUUGUACCUGAGCUCCAAGACAGAACUGCAGGGUUUGAUUGGACAGCUGGAUGAGGUAAGUCUUGAAAAAAACCCCUGCAUCCGGGAAGCCAGGAGAAGGGCUGUGAUUGAAGUGCAAACCCUGAUCACUCACAUCGACCUGAAGGAGGCGCUGGAGAAAAGGAAGCGGUUUGCCUGUGAGGAGCCCCCCUCACACCAGGCAGUCUGGGAUGUGCUCGGGAGCCUGUCGGAGAUCCAGGGAGAGGUCCUCUCCUUUGAUGGAAACCGAGCUGAUAAGAACUACAUCCGGCUGGAGGAGCUGCUGACCAAGCAGCUGCUGGCCCUGGAUGCCGUGGACCCGCAGGGUGAGGAGAGGUGUAAGGCUGCCAGGAAACAGGCCGUGAAGCUGGCCCAGAACAUCCUCAGCUAUCUCGACCUGAAAUCCGAUGAGUGGGAGUACUAAAAUGCCAUUGCUCUCACAGCGCUCUCGCUCGUUUUGCACUUGAUACACACUUCUACGUAUUUAUGGAGAGCUUUCAGCUCAUGGAGCCCAAAUGUGAUUUAUACGUGCAUAUUUCAAUCUCAGUAUUUAUGACUUAAGUAAAUUAUAUUCAAGGUCUUUGCUGCUUUUGAUGUUGCAAAACUAUUACAGCUCAUUAACCUUUCCAUUUGGAUCAUCCAUAUGAUGUGUGGUUUGUUUGGUUUGUUUUCUGUGUUUUGCUUGUGAGUUUUUAAUCAGAACAUGAAAGAGAAGCAGCAUUCAUAAUUUUUAAAUGGGUUGUGCAAGCAUUGAAAUGCAGAAACUUCAAAAUCUAGAAGUAGAUAUAACCUUACAUAACGGAAAUUAUGAGAAGGAGGAAAUUUUUUGGUAAAGUCUAAGCAGUAGGUUUUAUGCUAAAUAAAGCAGAAGGGUUUUUUCACUUACAAGGCCUGAAUGGUCCCUUAUAAGUGGGUCAUUUAUAUAUUUAUAUAAAUGAGGAAAGAUGGUUUAUAUGUUAUAUAGAGAAGGUGGGGUCAUCUAUGUUAUAUAAAUGAGAUGGGAUUGUUUGUUUCUAUGUUUGUAUUGUCUGUUCUUUCAUAAACAUUUUUGUUUAAAAAAAAAACUGUCUCUUUUUCCCCAUGGUCUGCAAUUUGGAGGGUGGAAUCCUGUAUACAGUACAAGAAAAUUAUGAGAACUAGUAGCCAAAGGAACCUUUGAGACUCAGCUGAAGAAGGGAUAAGACACCUACUCAAUACCUUCAAAGUUGUUUUUUGUUGGACUGAAAAUUUUCCUUAGUGACUUAAGUAAGAAUGGGAACAUUUGACCCGGGGAUGUAGCUCAGUCAGUGGUUCCAGCGCCUGCCUGGCAAGCGUGAGGCCCCCAGUUCGAUCCCUGGUACCAAAUAAAAAAAAAGAAUGGGAACUUUUGAAUGAAGUCAGUGGACCUUAAAAAAAAAAAAAAAAGGAGACACCUAUACCUGUAGUUGGAGGAUGCAAGCUAGGUUAGUUUACCAACAUCACACUACGCUGAGGCUGAUUAGAGACAUCUGACUGUAGCUUGUAAUGGAUUUCUUCUGUCAGUCAAGGCUGUAAAAUAGACAGCUGUGCCAAACACUCCAGUGCUGCUUGGGAGCCUAAGAGGGUGGCCACUGUCCGAACCCCCGUGGGACCAGGGCUCCACUCAUCUGGGAAGGUUAGCAGUGGCUUGAACCUUAAAUGCCUCGGCUCCUGUUACUGGUGUGGGGCUUUCCGUGUUUCCUGAAAGAACCAUUAGAAUCUGUCAGGCAGGAAGUUUUCUUCGGCUAAGGGACACAUGUUGAUGUAAAUAGUUUCUGAGGACCAGUUUUUUCAGGUGCUCAUUAAUGUGAGCAAAAGAAUUCCCCGAAGUUCCGCAGUGCCUUGAUGGUAACGUGUGGCUCCGGGAGUCUGACUACCCCAUACCGGGUACCGCUGUAGUCAUGUUCACAGAGCCUGUGAGCACUCAUCUUUUGAACUUUAUGGUGAGCUGUGAUUUUCUCAGACAUUAAUUUGGCAACCUUAAACAGCUGAAAUGUAUGGCUGAUGAACAACCUUCGACACCUAAAAGAUGUAAAAGUAUAGUCCUACACCGAUCAUCUUGUCUCUCAAAGCCCUCGUGUCUCUCCUACUAGGAACGAUCUAGAACUGCGGACCCUGGGAUCAGAGGGUAUGGGAGUUCUGAACAGUGAGCCCUUCCUACUCCAGGUCCUCAGUGCGAGUCCCUGGAGUUCUCAUUUCGAGGUGUGUUGCCUGUGGUCUGCAGUUGAUAACGUCAUCCAUGUUCAUGCAGAAACUGGCUGGGAAUGUUCGCUUCCUUAACAGCUUUGCUUUCAGGUCAUUCUGUUCAAAUAGCCCGGCAACAAAGUAGUGAUUACAAUAAAUUAAUGUGUGUACUAAGUACAGUUUAAUGCUUUAUUUUGCUAAAAUGCUUAUAUAUUUGCUAUGAUGAAGUUUAACCAGUUUUCUCUCUUUUUUUUUUUUUUGGUACCAGGGAUCGAACUCGGGUCCUUGUGCUUGCGCAGCAGACGGUGAAACCACUGAGCUAAAUCCCUGACCCCUUAACCAGUUUUAUUUGCCAAUUGCUGCCUGAUUUUUGAGGAUCUGAGUUUAUUCUGUACAUGCAGCUUUUAACUGGUUGGGUAUUUCUCCCCAAAGAAUAAUUAUGGAAAUACUUGCCCUGGAUUUCAGUGUGUGACAUGGGCGUGUGGUCAGUGUAUCGGCUCCUUUCCCUGUCGACUGUGACACCUGUGUCAGGGUGUCUGGAAUAACCCAGGAUCAUGUGAUAGACACGAGCAUGCCAUCACUGUCACUGAAAUAAAGAACCCUUUGUGCCUGGUGGCUGAGCAAGGA